AAAGUAUCAACGCGUCUAAAUUCGGGGACGUGUUCUCGCACAUGCUUCUUUGAGAGUCGAUCAAUUAUGGAUAGAUUUCUCAGAGUGUUACAGUGUCUCCUACUGCAGUACUGCUCAGGAUAGCCGGUUUCAAGAGAUGUCGUCGUCUCAACGCCCCGAAUUCCCGCCCGUCCCUUUCUCGUCCACAUAUCCCGAGCAGAACUUCAAAUUGUUAGAGUUGCCGGCCGAGCUGGCUUGUGUUCUUGAAGAACAGCGGAGGAGUGGUAAUGGGGCUAGGGUAUACCUGAAAUCCGCGCCCACUACUCUUUCGAACAGACCUUUGAAUGGCGUGCAGUCUGCAGGACGAAAUAGAGGUGCUCAAUCAAAUAGAGAUAUAGGAGGAGGUGCGGGACAAGGAUUUCUACAUCUCUGCACAGAUGAAAAGAUUUGGGCCGUCAAGCAAGUUAGUACGAGUAAUAGUGUCUACGUCACACAGUCGAUCGACGAACCACGGCGGAAGAGGAGACGUAUCAACACCGAAAGAAAUGAUGGCGACGAGGACAUGUGCAUGGACGAUGAAGGGGGUAUCAGCCCGAGAGAUCAAGCAGGAGAAGGGAUCAUACAAGGAGGACACGGAGGGGGCAAAGAGAAACGUGCAUAUGAGGCUGAAAGUGGGAUCACCACUAUAUCACAGGUCAGGAAUAUACUGGAAUUAAUCGAAGUCAAACCCGACCCCGAAGACGUCGAAAGAGGAGUACGCGAGACUGUUCCCAUGUAUCAGGGCCAGACUGACGAGGAGGAGGGCGGACUGCACAUGGGUACAAGCCGGGACAACGAAACUGAAGCGCAGAAGAUGGUGAGACUGAAGGAUAUUCUCGAGGAUAUUCCGGCUCCCACAAAUGCUAUUCUCGAGGCUAUAAAGAGAGUAUUCGUGUUCUAUCUGUCGAGAAGCGUUGAGGGCAAGGAAGGGGAUAUGCAAGGGCUAUAUAUCCCGAGUUCAGCAUUACUGCUUCGAGCGUGGAGGGCAUUCAUGCAGCAAUGUGCUAUUUCAGGCGUUAUGAUCGACGGAGAUGAGAUGGUCAGUGAGCAGAUUGGGGUCGCCUUUGAUGACCUGAGAAGGAGUGCAGAUGGUGACGAGGAAUGGCAUGUCCUGGGGGACGUCGUCAAGGCGAUCUUCAGACGAUUUGCAAAGGAGAUGUCAAACCCACAGCGCGGCUCGGAGCGAGAUGUAGAAGAGGAAUUCGUUGCUGUACCUGACAUUACGAGUUGGAGGAAAGCCGAAGCAUCUGAACACGUCGGGCGCUGGGUACUGGACGAUUUGCAGAGACAAAGUAAGUCAUCGUCAAAGCCAGUUCCGGUGGACGAAUUCAAUCAGCAUUGGACGCAAAAUCUUCCAGACUCUUGGGCGAAGGAGUGUGAUGUCGUGGGUUUGGUCAAAGCGGUCGAAGGCGUGGAUAUGGUACAAGAUGAUCAAGGCACGAAAGUCCUUCAUUUUGCAGGCCAAGGGACAGAUGAUGUUUUGGCCCUUGGACUCGGAAGUGUCAAAAGGCUAGGUGUGUCGGUCACAGCCAAGACGAGCACAGCGGCGGCCGAUGAUGAUGCGAAAGCGCAGAAGAAGAGGAAAUGGCAUGAGAAGUUUGGGGCACAGAGGAAUGCUGCUGGUACGAAGAGAUGAGACGAGGUGAGACUUCAUAUUUUGAUGAAGUACCAAAACCUGCACCUGCUGAAUGAGUCUGUGAUGCUGGUCAAGCUGGAUGAACAGAACGAACUCGAGAGAUGUGGAGGAAAGGUUGUGCACAGCCUUGAUGUGAACGUACUCGUGUCAGCAUGAGAUCGUUGGCCAUGACUUGAGCGUAUGAUGGCGUACAUAAGUUCGUUGCUGACAGGACUUGUCAAGAAUCAUUUACGGCGCCAGGGACUUC